AUGCCUCCCGGCCGCAGGUCUGGACGCCACACAGGUCCCCGAGCGGUUUACGUUGACGAUCCAUUUCAAGCCGCUGGGAUCAGUGAUGAAGAUGACGCCAAAAAAGGAGCAAAUUCCCCAGAGGGGAAAGGGAAGCUUGCCAAAACAGAAGAUUUCUCCUCCGAUGAUGAAUUUGUCGCAGUCUCUGGAGAUGAGGUCGACGACCCAGUUGAAGAUGAAGAGGGGAGCGAAGAUCAAGCUCAAAAUGAAUUAGAAGAGGGAGUAUCAGAUCUGGAAGACGAUGCUUCUGUCAUCGACGAAAUGGAGAGCGACACCAUCAAGAGUCCCUCCAAGAAACAAAGUUCGGCCUUUCAGAUACGUGAGCCACAGUUUAAAAAGAGAGCAGCCGGUGGAAUUAUUGUGCCAUCUGCAGACGAGACGCACUCUCGUGGCAUCAUCGAUCCCAAAGAGCACUUGUCCAAAGACACUUACUACACUCUAACUUUCGGUUCGGACGAACGAGACCUGAUGUCAGCUGUCCACUCUCGGUUCCAAUGGAGCAAGGGCAUUGACUCAGCAUUCCCCACUCGAUCGGCCUUGGAAGGAGGGGACGAGGAAAAUCAUUCUCUGUAUGGGCCGACAUUUGGCGUCCAUCCGGACAGUGUUAAAGAAGAAAGCACUCGCGGAUGGGACUGGUACUAUGACGAGGACACCGGGGGAAGAUUCCGUAAGCGACAGCGUAUUGAGACUAUUGAAGAGUCCGUGGCACGACAGAAAUACAUGCCCCGGCCAGAUGAACGAAAACACCGCGUUCGUUUGGGGCCGCACAAUAACCAAGACCUUUUCGACCUGGGUUAUCAUGAGUCUUUUGACUUUGGAAAGGCCUGGGGUCAAGCAAGUUCAAAGAGCAAUUCAGAGAAAGUCCGAGAAGGUUGGAUUUUAAACAUUGGCCACAAAACCAAUUGCAUGGCUUGGGCUCCCAACCAAGAUGGUCUUUCUCAGUAUCUUGCCAUCGCUGCACCGCUCACCGAAGACCAGAAAAACGAACAUAGAUCAGAAGAUAGUGAGCCUUUCUCGGCAUUUCAUCCUUCUGAGUCUUUUUCAAAUGCUCUGCAGAUCUGGGAGUUCAAAGCCAGAAAGAGUCAAAGCGACAUCAAGACCCUUGAUAUGGAUUACAAACCGCGAUUGCGACAAGUAAUUUGUGCUGAUUGGGGAGAUUUGAGACGCAUGGCCUGGUGUACCAUGCCCCGUGCCAAGCGAGAGGAGGAUGACGAAGAAGUCCAAAAAUCCAUCGGCUUGCUUGCAACAAUCUGGAGUGAUGGGGGAGUGAGAGUUAUGGAUAUCAAGAUAGGUCGAGGGCCACAAAAGACAGAUUUCGUCAGGAUACAGUCGGCUGCAUUUGAAGCAAGACCACCAUCAACGGUUUCAACAUGUGUUACUUGGCUAUCUCCUAGUGAUCUUGCGGUGGGUUGCGGAAAUGGAUUUGUGGCGGUCUGGAACAUUGCAACUUCUUGUGCGACAGACCCUCUACCAUUACUCUAUCGGCCAGUCCACAGCACAUAUAUACUCUCCAUCACCUCCGCUUACCCGGCCCACCCUCAAACCAUUGCAACUGUAUCCAUGGACGGCGAGACUCGGAUGUGCUCGCUCAUCGAUCCUGAGAGUGAAAUUACCUCGACGGUCCGUAUGCGAGCGGCUGCCCCGUACAUCACAUGGUCCCCGGUUAUGCAGUGCUUUGUUGCUGGAGAUGAAAACGAGUUUGGUCGCAUGAUUCCAAUUCGAAGAUUCUUCACCACUACCAAUAUUGCGAGGUUGUCUAGCAAUCUCUCUGCCAUGGCACCUGCCAGUCCAUGGCACCCUUGUGCUAUCUUCGGCAGUGCGGGAGGCGAAGUCGCAGGAACAAACCCCUUUCGAAGAGUUCUUUACAACAAGGAGGCAAUUUGGCAGGAAACAUGGUUCACACAUGAAUGGAUACCCAGCUCAUCAUCAGAAUCUGUUGGUAUCAGUCGGUUCCAUGACGGGUUUCGGGCGGAGAAUCAGAAAUUGGCAAAAUACCAUACAACCGACACAAAGCCUCUCAGUGGGAUGGGCACUUCCACGACUUACGAAGAAGGUACCCAUGUCACAGCACUCGGGUGGAACCCCAACCGCUGCUGUGCAGGAUGGGCCAGUGCUGCGCUGGGGUGUGGGUUGGUGAGAGUGGAGGAUAUCGCUAUGUAA